AUGGCCAGUAAUGGGGGGACCCUGCACGGCCUUCCCCAGCAGCAGCAGCAGCAACAGCAGCAGCAUAUCUGCGGCCAGUGCGGCCUGUACUUCGAGAGUGGGUCCUCGCUGCAGGUGCACCACAUGCACUACCACCAGCAUGACAGCAUGAACCGGUGGGACACGCAGCAGGCGGUGGUCAGCACAACGAUAGCAACGGCCACGACGACGACGACGGCCGGCGGCACCACCACCACCACUACGAACGGGGCCCCCUCGUCCACCAGCACGCCGACCUCGUCCGACACGGAGAACAACAACCAGCCGCCGGCGCAGGGACCCUCGCCGGGCGGUGUCCUGAAACCUUCGGUGGCCGCGUCGCCGCCCCAGCAGCACACGACGAUCGCGGCGGCGGCCGACUCGAGCGACAACCAGCCGCCGACCCCGCAGCCCCAGGGUGCCCUCACGGAACCGGGCACUCCGCAGAGUUACGGUGGUGGAGCCUCUCCUUUCCACGCUCAGCAGCAACAGCAGCAACAGCAACUCGGCCCGACCGGACUUGGCGGGGAGAUGCACUACCCCACGUACAUCCACCCGGGGUACGACCCGGGCAGCUACUACGGGGCCGGCGGUGUCGCCGGUCUCGACUACGGCGGCGGCGCCGUGCUGGGAGCGUCGCUGCAGUCCGCGGACUACAAGUCCACGUCGUCCCUGCGCUACCACCCGUAUGGUGGUUCGUCGGACGGGGGGUCGGCGGCCGGCUCCGCACCCGGCCUCAGCCCGCACGUGGUAAGUUCCUCGAACGGGGUGCAGAGUGCAGGGGGCACCGGGACGACCGUGGCCACCUCCGCCAGCAGUUCACAGUCGCCACCGAACGGGAACACGGCCGGCGGUGGUGGUGGCGGGGCCCACAUCCCACCGACGCCUUCCCCGUCGCCGAUCCAGUGCGACAAGUGUGGGUUGGUGUGUGAGUCGGAUGAGGCGCUCCAUCAGCACGAGAGCAGCGUCCACUCGGCUCCGGCUCCGGAGACGGUGGCGCAGGAUCAGCGUCCGUCGGAGCAGGACAUGCAGCAGCAGCAGCAGCAGGGAUACCCGUACGGUCCCGGGACACCCCAGUUCCCGAAGGAGGAACCGGCCGCCUCGGACAUCCUCGAUCUCGACUCGCAGAAGAUGGUCUACACGCCGACGGCGGACGGCGCCGCUCUGACGCUGCCGCCGAUGAACUCGCUGCAUCCGCUGCAGUCGAUGCAACGGCACCAUCCGAUGAUGUGGCCGCAUCACCACGACCCGCACAGCUUCAUGGGACCGCCGGCGGCGCCGCCCGAGAUGAAGCACUCGGGGGCGGCGGCGGCGGCGGCCGCAGCCGCUGCCGCUUACUACCACCACCCGAUCAAGUCGGAGUACUCGGCGACGCCGACCAUCAAGUCGGAGUACUUGGCCGGUGGCCAGUACGGUGGCGGCGGGACCACCGGUCCGGUGGUGGUGGUGAAGAACGAGUACAACCUGGCGCCGACGCUGCCGCCGCCGGUGGCCGUUGCCCCGCAGCCGACGCACCCGGCGGUGGGGAUGAAGCAGUACGCGGACGCGGAGAUGCACGACAAUCACGGGCUGGCCACCAGCCCGUCCGACUUCCCGAGCACCACGACGCCGCAGGAGAGCGGCUCCCAGUACCGGACGUUCGAGCCGGCCACGUCCUCGCUGCCGGGGCCGGGCCCGGGGCCCACCAAGGGCACGGCCUGGAAGUCGAACGAGGCGCGCCGCCCCAAGACCUACAACUGUACCGCCUGCAACAAGUGGUUCACGAGCUCGGGCCACCUGAAGCGCCACUACAACACGACGCUCCACAAGAACGCGGUCAAAUCGAGCGGCCAACCGGACCCCGCCACCCUGCCCAUCAGCGUGCACCACCACCCGGGCCGUGAUCCGAACUAUGCGAGCAAGAGCCGCCGCGGGACCUCCGUGACCGGUGGAGGUGGCGGUGGUGGCGUUGGCGGUGGGGGUGGCGGUGGUGGUGGAGGCGGUGGGUCGCAGCAACCGCUCCAGCAACCGGUACCGCCACCCGAUCCUCCCCGGAGCCCCGGCGAGUACGGGGCGGGUCCCGGGCCCCAGCAUCACGGGUACGGGAUGGGCGGGUCGGCGGGCGGCGGCGGCGGGCAGGUGGUGUUGGUCAGCUCGAACCAGUCACCGGGGUUUCACCACCACCCUCACCACCAACAUCCGCUGCACCAGCAGCAGCAGCACCAUCACCCGUACGCGGGCAGCAACGGCACGGCGGGCAGCGCUGCCGCCGGCCAGUCGCACCUCGGCAGCACCAGCGCCAGCAGCUCCACUUCUUCAGCGGUUCCCCCAAACGGGGUAGCAGGUCCCUCCGUCCAAGUCUCCCAACCGAGGGGCCUGCAGAUCUACUCGAACAACAACAGCAACAGCAACAUCCUGGGGCCGCUGUCGGGAACGGCGUCUCUGGCGGAGCCAACGGGGGCGGCGGCGGCGGCGGAGGAGGAGCCGGUCACCCAUACCAUUAUCACCAUCCUCACGCCCACCACCCCGCAGCCCACCUCCACCACCACCACCAGCAGCACCACCAUCCCGGGUUGCAUCACCCCGGGCACCCGCACGCCGCAGCCGCCGCAGCCGCCGCCGCCGCAGCCGCGGCCGCCGCACACCACCAGUUCAACGGGGGGCUACCACCCCCUCCACCCCAUGCAGCAGCCGCCGCCGCCGCCCACCACCUGCAGUCCUUUAACUAUCAGCACCACCAGCAUUCCAUCCUUCCAAACCAUCCUGCCGGAGGCGCCGAGCUAUCACCCUACUAUUGGUAACCACCAGCAGGGAGACGUACAGCAGCAGCAGCAGCAGCAGCAACAAUGGCUGGGUGAUGGCGGCGAGGCACUGAUCGAGUCGACGAGCAACACGACGACGGCGGCGGCUGCGGCCGCGUUGGGGUUUCCACGGUGUGCGGGGGGCGCCGAGAUGUACCAGGGCGAUACGGCGCCCCCCUUUUCACCGAACGUACCGGACCAGUACCAGCGUCCCAGUAGCCAGGGCCUGAUGACGACGACGACCCUCCUGGACGAGCAGCCCAAGUACGGUGACUUCCACUUCCUGCCGCAGCACGCGGCCACCGCACCCCCGAUCUCGCCGGCCCCCUGCUCACCGAGUGUCACCUCGACGGCGGGCGGUGGUAAGCAGACGGUGACCGCGGGUGGCGGUGGCGCCGGAAGUCCUCCCACGGAGCUGCACCGGUGCGAGGAGUGCGACAAGGUGUUCAACAAGGCGUGCUACCUGACGCAGCACAACAAGACGUUCCACUCGGGCGACAAGCCGUACAAGUGCCACCGGUGCGGCAAGCGCUUCCCCUGCCAGGACUCGUACGAGGAGCACCUGGCCAAGCACGGUGGCGAGAAGCCGUUCAAGUGCGAGCAGUGCCCGAAGCAGUUCAACCACAAGACCGACCUGCGGCGCCACAUGUGCCUGCACAGCGGCUCCAAGCCGUACGCCUGCGAGCAGUGCGGCAAGGGCUUCAUCCGCAAGGACCACAUGCUGAAGCACUCGGAAACGCACCGCCGGAGUAGCGGCGGUGGCGCCGCUGCCAGCGGACACCGCCGCACCAAGGCUCACGGUCCGGCUAAGGACCCGAAGUUCCAGCAUCAGCAUCUCCAGCAGCAGCAGCAAGCGCCGGGACUGGACGAAUGA